AUGCCCGUGGUGCGCAAACUGGUCAUCUUCGCAGCGGUAGACGGCCUGAUACUCCAACCACACUCUGGCCGACAGGCAGGAUAUCACGAAUCCUCUGCGUUGCAGAUCGACUACAGGACUCGCAAUGUGUCGGUUGCGGGGGAGAAGCGGCUUGCCGAGGAUUCCGAUGGAUUAGAAUCCUACGGGCUGAUUGGCCUUCUUCCUGUCGCCUCUUAUUCGUUCCUCAUUUCCAUCUCGCAACGGACGCAAGUCGCCCAGAUCCACGGCAAACCAGUCUACGCCGUUACAGAUGUAGCGUUGAUUCCGCUCUCGAGUCGCGCGGAAGCGACGCAUGCAAUUGCUCAGGCGAGGGAACAUCUCGAGGAUACAGAUUACUCAGAGGAGGAAGACGAGGAGGCGAACGUGGGUAGUCUGCCUGGUUCGCCGACGAGGGAGGUCGCGGUGCAGAGUCCGCUGCAUACGCGCAGUCAGAGUACCAGUGGUGGGAUCGCGGAGGAUGUGAUCGGGAAGAAGGUUCCUUUCGGUCGGUUUGCGGCCUCAUGGCUGUCGCGCAAGGCGUUGGGAUUGUCGGCUUCGGGGUUGAGUGUUGACGGGUCGGAAGAUUCAGACAAUGACCGGCUAGAGAGGAGGAAUGAAAGGAAAGAAGAUAAGGAGAAGGAGAUUCUAGAAGAAGAGACGGACAUUCCGGCUGAAGGGGGACUACCGUCGGUUGAACUCCUGCCAAAGCUUCUCCGCUACACCAGGCUACUCUUCGCGUCGAAUAACUUCUUCUUUGCGCACGAGUACGAUCUCACGCGCCAGAUCGGGGUCUUUGACUCGUCCAGAUCGCCUUUACCGCUUCACAAGGCUGUCGAUCCAGUGUACUUUUGGAACCGCCACCUGAUGAGCCCAUUCAUAGAUGCUGGCGCACACGGGUUCGUGUUGCCGUUGAUCCAGGGCUUUGUGGGCCAGCGAGAGUUCACUGUUGCUGCGAAGCCAAAGGAAGAAGGCAAGCCGGUUGAAGGCGAAAUCCUAGGCGAGAAUGAGGCACAGCCUGCCGCUGAUGCUCUCAAACGGAACUUCCUGCUCACGUUGAUCUCAAGACGGUCUGUCAAGCGGCCAGGCCUCCGGUAUCUGCGGCGCGGCGUGGACGAUGACGGGAACACGGCGAAUUUCGUGGAGACGGAGCAGAUCCUCUCCGACCCGGGCUGGGACACUUGUCGAGACAUCUACUCUUUCCUGCAGAUCCGGGGCUCGAUCCCGCUGUACUUUUCGCAGUCGCCGUACGCGUUCAAGCCCGUUCCGACCCUGUAUCACCCGGCCGAGACGAACCAGAUUGCGUUUGAUCGCCAUUUCCGCACGCUGGGCCGCCGGUAUGGCAGGAUCCAGGCCGUCUCGCUCGUCGACAAGAGCGGCGGGGAGCUGAAGAUCGGCGAGCAGUACGAAAAGUACGCGGAGGCGCUCAACGCGUCGGGUGGGAUCGAGGGUUCGCCGCUCGGGCUGGUCUGGUUUGACUUCCACCACGAGUGUCGCGGGAUGAAGUUUGAGAACGUGCGGCGGCUGGUGGACGGGCUGGGCGACACACUGGACCAAUUCGGCUACACGGUCAUCUCGGACAAUGCCAUCUCGCAGAGCCAGACGGGGAUCGUGCGGACCAACUGCAUGGACUGCUUGGAUAGGACCGGGGUGGCGCAGUGCGCGUUUGGCGGAUGGGCGCUGGAACAGGCGCUGGGGCGGGCCGGCCUGGCGAUCGACCUGCACAACGACCCGUCGACGCAGUGGUUCAACACGAUCUGGGCGGACAACGGAGACGCGAUCUCGAAGCAGUACUCGUCGACGGCGGCGCUCAAGGGCGACUACACGCGGACGCGCAAGCGCAACUACCGGGGGGCGCUGAACGACUUCGCGCUGACGCUGUCGCGGUACUACAACAACCUUGUCAACGACUACUUCUCGCAGGCGUGCAUCGACUACCUGCUGGGCAACGUGUCGACGCGGGUGUUUGGCGAGUUCGCGGCGGAGAUGCAGAGCGCGGACCCGGGCAUCUCGGUGCAGAAGCUGCGACAGAACGCGAUCGAGACGAGCUGCAAGAUCGUCAUCGACGACCAGGCCGAGGACUUUCUCGGCGGAUGGACGAUGCUGACCCCGCGCGAGCCCAGCACGCUGCGCUCGCUGCCCUUUGAAGAGGCCGUGCUCCUGCUGACCGACGCGGCCGUGUACAGCUGCCGCUUCGAUUGGAACACAGACAAAGUUCUCUCCUUUGAACGCAUCGACCUGCGCCACAUCGCCCACAUCACCUAUGGCACCUACAUCACCUCCAUCCUGACCGACCGGCAGACCGACGAGGCCGACAACGUCGGCCUCCUCCUGCUCUACCGCGAGGGCGACGCCCACGCCCUGCGCGUCAACACUCGCUCGCUGCAAAGUUCCGCCAGCCUCCCUCCACCACCUUCUACUACUGCCAACUUUGACUGGGAUAUUUCCUCUUGGUUAAAGAAUGGAGGCAAUAAAAACCAGCGUUUCCUUGCCUUCAAGGCGCUUCCGCUUGCGACCUCGGUGCUGCCCGGGGCGGCGAGCAGCCGCCACCCGCGGCGGCCGACGGUCCGCCAGCGCGACUUUGUACGGUCCAUCUGCGAGGAGAUUGAGCGAGCGAUGCGAGCGUGUCAGGAACCACCUCACGCCGAGGGUCCCUCGGUGAUUGACGAGGCGGACAUCAUCUCCCUGGCGGAGGCAAAGAAGCGAACGGGGUAUUUUGAACAUUUGGUUUACGACAUCAAGAAGAUGGUGUGGGCGUGACACUAGAUACAGACCAUACUGUCUAUACUGUCUAUACUGUCUAUGUCUAUAUACUGUCCAUACUGUCUAUACUGUCUAUACACUGUCUAUGUCUAUGUCUA